AUGCUGGCUGUUCCAGCCUUGUGUUUUUGCCUGGGAUUUGGCAGCCAACUACACUUGACAGCACGGCCAUCCAAUGCCUUCCCGGCAUGUGUGACAAAGAGGAGGUUGCGCCUACAAACCCAAGCAAACCUGAUUCAACGAAAAUUGCAAGAGGGGCCUGUUGUGGAGUCUGUGCCUUUCUGUUCUCCGCAGACUUUAUGGGGUGCUUGGACGAUGCUGCUGGUUUGCUUGUUUUUGUCUGGACCAGCCAGCGCUGCAAAUUGGUCAGGGACGCAUAUUCCAAAACGUUCUCUGGCGGAAGCAGCAAAAACUUUGGAAUCUGGAGCUUUACGUUCCAUGCCCAUGGCAAAGUAUCCGGAUCCAAUGCUCCGCAUGUCUGCUAGUCCAGUUGCAGAAUCCAUGUUCCAUCAGCCUGCAUUGAAGCUGUUCACAGAAGCUUUACAAACUACCGCUGCUGCCGAGGGUGCUGUGGGGCUAGCGGCAAGUCAGGUAGGUGUUGAUGCCCGCAUCAUUGUCCUUGACCCUUCAAUUUCAUCGCGGACGGUGUUUGUGAAUCCACAAGUUGUGGAGCGUAGCUCAGAGGACAGCAUGCGAUGGUGGCGCGAACGCUGCUUGGUUUUGCCGCCUGAUGUUUUGGUCACCCUGAUGCGGGAUGCCAGGAUCAAGGUCCAUGCCUUCGAUCUGCAAGGAUCAUACACAGUGACAUUGGAAGGUGAAGCAGCUCGUGCCUUUCAACACGAACUGGACCAUUUGAAUGGCGUUUUGAUCAUAGACCAUGCUGUCGAUGAUGAUGACCUCACUUCACAAGCUUUUCCUGAGAUGAAACAACUGGAGGAGCCUGAUCAUCCUUGGAGGCAAGAAAUAGCUUUUGCACGACAAGUGGGAGCUUUGGAUGAAACAAGUGGUGGAGGUUAG